CUCUAGUGACGUGGCCAGGGCCAAACGAUUUUUCCAAUAAGACUUGCUCGAGUUAAAUUAAAUUUUUAGCUAAAUAAACGCAGUUAAAACGCCAUCAAAGGCUUUUCCACGAUGACUACCUACGAGGAGUUCAUCCAGCAAAAUGAGGAUCGUGACGGUGUGCGUUUAACCUGGAAUGUGUGGCCUUCAAGUCGCAUCGAUGCCAGUCGCUUAGUUGUACCGCUUGCGUGUCUAUAUCAGCCACUAAAGGAACGCCCGGACUUGCCACCGAUCCAAUAUGAGCCGGUGUUGUGCACCCGCAGCAACUGCCGGGCCAUACUCAAUCCGCUGUGCCAGGUGGACUAUCGUGCCAAGCUCUGGGUCUGCAACUUUUGCUUUCAACGCAAUCCCUUUCCGCCGCAAUAUGCUGCCAUUUCGGAGCAACAUCAGCCGGCUGAGCUGAUACCUGGUUUCAGCACGAUUGAAUACACCAUUACCCGAGCACCUACCAUGCCACCCGUAUUUAUAUUCCUGGUGGAUACCUGCAUGGAUGAAGAGGAACUGGACGCUCUGAAGGAUUCGCUGCAGAUGUCGCUGAGUUUGUUGCCACCCAAUGCAUUGGUGGGGUUAAUUACCUUUGGUAAAAUGAUACAGGUGCAUGAGCUGGGCACCGAUGGCUGCUCCAAGAGUUAUGUGUUUCGUGGCACAAAAGAUCUGACUGCGAAGCAGGUGCAGGAUAUGCUGGGCAUUGGACGUGGCGUGGCACCAACACCACAUCAGCAGCCGGGUCAGCAACCGGGCCAGCAGCCGGGUCAGCCAGGGAUCGGGGGUGGGGCAGGAGGACAUGUGCCGCCGGCACAUCGCUUCCUGCAGCCGAUCAGCCAGUGCGACACGGCGCUGGGUGAUCUGCUAAGUGAGCUGCAGCGUGAUCCUUGGCCGGUGCCGCAGGGCAAGCGCUAUCUGCGCUCCACGGGCGCUGCUCUCUCGAUAGCAGUUGGCCUGCUGGAGUGCACCUACCCGAAUACGGGUGGUCGCAUUAUGACCUUUGUCGGUGGUCCUUGCUCCCAGGGCCCCGGCCAAGUGGUCGACGAUGAGCUAAAGCAUCCCAUACGAUCCCAUCAUGAUAUACACAAGGACAACGUCAAGUUCAUGAAGAAGGCCAUCAAGCAUUUUGAUGCCUUGGCACUGCGCGCUGCCACCAAUGGCCAUAGCAUCGAUAUCUACUCGUGUGCCUUGGACCAGACCGGCCUCAUGGAGAUGAAGCAGCUGUGCAACUCCACGGGCGGUCACAUGGUCAUGGGUGAUUCGUUCAACUCAUCGCUCUUCAAGCAGACAUUCCAGCGCGUGUUUGCGCGCGACAGUCGCAACGACCUGAAGAUGGCAUUCAAUGCCACGCUGGAGGUGAAGUGCUCGCGCGAGCUGAAAAUCUCGGGCGGCAUUGGCUCGUGUGUGUCGCUGAAUGUGAAGAGCCCGUCGGUGUCGGAUGUGGAGAUCGGCAUGGGCAAUACGGUGCAGUGGAAACUGUGUACGCUCAAUCCCAGCUCCACAGUUGCCUACUUCUUUGAGGUGGUUAACCAGCAUGCAGCGCCCAUACCACAAGGUGGACGUGGUUGCAUACAAUUCAUCACACAAUAUCAGCAUCCAAGCGGUCAGCGGCGCAUACGUGUCACCACACUGGCCAGAAACUGGGCAGACGCCACGUCGAAUGUGCAUCAUAUCAGCGCUGGUUUCGAUCAGGAGGCUGCCGCUGUGCUCAUGGCACGCAUGGUCGUCUAUCGUGCCGAGACGGAUGAGGGACCUGACAUAUUGCGCUGGGUGGAUCGCCAGCUGAUUCGCUUGUGCCAAAAGUUUGGCGAGUACUCCAAGGAUGACCCGAACAGUUUCCGGCUGUCACAGAACUUUAGUUUGUUUCCACAAUUCAUGUAUCACCUGCGCCGUUCGCAGUUCCUGCAGGUCUUCAACAAUUCGCCCGACGAGACCACAUUCUAUCGACACAUGCUGAUGCGCGAGGACCUCACCCAAUCCCUGAUCAUGAUACAGCCCAUACUUUACAGCUAUUCAUUUAAUGGACCCCCAGAGCCGGUGCUGCUGGACACCGCCUCCAUACAAGCGGAUCGCAUACUGCUGAUGGACACCUUCUUCCAGAUACUCAUCUAUCAUGGCGAGACCAUUGCCCAGUGGCGUGCUCUCAAGUAUCAGGAAAUGCCCGAGUAUGAGAACUUUAAGCAGCUGCUCCAAGCACCUGUCGAUGAUGCCCAGGAGAUUCUGCAGACCCGAUUCCCGAUGCCACGUUACAUUGACACCGAGCAUGGUGGAUCGCAGGCUCGUUUCCUGCUGUCCAAGGUCAAUCCCUCGCAGACGCACAACAACAUGUAUGCCUAUGGUCAGCCGCCAAUUGGUCAGACGACGGAUGGCGGUGCUCCAGUGCUCACGGAUGACGUAUCGCUGCAGCUGUUCAUGGAGCAUCUGAAGAAGCUGGCUGUCUCCUCGACCACCUAGGUGGUAUAAUUAUUUAAAAGGCCGUUGCAUGCAACAGUUUAGAACUUGGCUAUGGCAAUUACAUACUUAGUCACAUACAUUAACCACAUAUAUAGAUUCCAAUUGAUCGCCUGCAAAUACAAUAAACUACAUUCAUACAUCAGUA